CAUUUUUCAAAACAAAUCAAAAGCCUAAAAAAAAAAAAACCAUGAAUAGUUUUUGUAAAAAUAUUAUGUUCUUUAUAUUUAUUCACGCAAUAGCAAUAAUCCCAUUAAUAGCUUCAUCAAGUUCAGAACCUGAUCAAGGCCAUCAUGAUGAUAACAAUAUGCGCUUUCUGUGGUUCGAUAAAUGGCAAGUACAUGUCGUCAAUGAUCUGAGCAACAAGAAGACACUGUUAGUUCAUUGCAAGUCUAAGGAUGAUGAUUUAGGUAUUCAUAACAUUGCCGCUGGCACUGAGUACAAUUGGAAAUUUAGGCCGAGGGUCUUCGGUAAUACACUUUUUUGGUGCCACUUGGCUUACGACAAUCUUCAUGCUGCGUUUGAUGUGUAUUGGGAGAAUGAAGCAUUGUAUUAUAAAUGCGACUAUAAUGAUUGCUUUUGGAUAGCUAGAGAUGAUGGGAUUUACUUAAAAGAUAUUCGGAAUAAUCGAGUUGAAUAUCGUCAUUCUUGGAAAUUGGGAUGAUUAUAGUAGUGAAAAGGGUAUUGUUUUAUCUCUUAUUACCUAUUUUGCAAUAAAAUAAUAAUAUUUAUUGUGUUGGUAUAAAA